CAUUAGCUGAAAUGGAAAGCUAACAGCGGGCAAGAAGUUUUCUGCUUGCACUUUAUUAAAGUCAAGCCACGCGUGUAUUCAAAGUCAUGGCAGACCAAGUGAAGUAGCAGUCCUCUGAUUUUACCGACACUAAAGCGGGGCUGCAGCAGGUGGAAGCAGCCGCCGCCACGGAGAUGGCAAACUUGAACUGGAAGCCGUUCAUCUACGGAGGGAUGGCCUCGAUUGUCGCAGAAUUCGGGACAUUUCCCAUCGACCUGACUAAGACCAGGCUGCAGGUCCAGGGUCAGUCCCAGUACACGGAGGUGCGCUACAGGGGCAUGUUUCAUGCCCUCUUCAGGAUUGGCAAGGAGGAGGGCAUCCGAGCGCUCUAUUCUGGAAUUUCUCCUGCACUGUUGAGACAAGCCUCUUAUGGGACAAUCAAGAUAGGAACCUACAACUCUCUGAAGAGGCUGUUUGUCAGUCAACCAGAAGACGAGACGAUGGUCAUCAACGUCUUCUGUGGUGUCGUGUCUGGAGUCCUGUCCUCUUCUCUGGCCAACCCCACUGACGUCCUCAAGAUCAGAAUGCAGGCGCAGGGCAGUCUUCUGCAAGGCAGCAUGAUGUCCAACUUCAUCAACAUCUACCAGACGGAGGGCACCAGAGGGCUUUGGAGAGGUGUCAUCCCCACAGCGCAGCGAGCAGCCAUUGUUGUCGGAGUUGAACUUCCUGUUUAUGACAUAACAAAGAAGCACCUCCUUCGCUCUGGCGUCAUGGGAGACACAAUUUUGACACAUUUUAUUUCAAGUUUCACGUGUGGCUUGGCGGGCGCGCUGGCUUCCAACCCUGUGGACGUGGUCAGGACCCGUAUGAUGAACCAGCGAGUUUUGUCGGGGAGCCCCAUGUACAAAGGAACACUUGACGGAGUGAUGCAGACGUGGAAGAACGAGGGCUUCUUCGCUCUCUAUAAGGGAUUCUGGCCUAACUGGCUGCGGCUGGGACCUUGGAACAUCAUUUUCUUCAUCACCUUCGAGCAGCUGAAGAAGCUCCCGUUUUAAUGGGAGCAUGAAGUGGGACUUCACUGGUCUGUUAGACUGUGUUGGGCAUAAGUGGGGUGUGAGCACGGCAGCACCUGGAGUUUUGGCACCAGUAUAAUCACACUCCCUACAAAUUCAUACCAAUGAUACGAUAUUACCCACCUGUCCAUGCUCAUCCAAAUCUUAUGUUGAUUUCUCUUCUGAAUUUGCAAUGUGUUUUAUUUAUUGUCACUGGUUAUGUUCUCGUACUGUUUUAAGGACCGUUGCUUUGGUGAUUACGCUCACCUUCAGCCACCUCCGACACUCCCCAGGCAGCUAAAUAUUUGGUUGUAGCAGAUGACUGAAAGUCUGGAAGACUAGGUUUAUUAUCCUCAAGCUGAUGGGAAAGACAGAGUUCACCGCCGCGGAUUGGGUGAGUUGAAUCUUGUGAACUUUGGCCUUUCUUAAACCAAGAGGAUUGUUUGCUCAGGAUUCCUGCGAAGAAAAACAUUGUAAUUUCUUUUGUUAAUAAGCCGAGGAAUUGCAGAAUGUCAGCUCACACAUGCACAUUUUGUGGAGGUUUUAAAAAAAGAAGAAAAUAUUAUGGAAUUUUAAACUGAUUGAAGUGUAGGAACCCUGUAUUUUAAAUGCGCUGGCACUGCAUGAAAUGUGCUCGGAUUUUACUGCUGAAUGUUGAAGAAUUGCAUGGAAGAGUGGUACAAAUAGCAGACUGACUGUUACAGGUUGUUUGACAGAGAGAGCAGAAUUAAGAAACUGACAGUUGCGAUUGCGACAUCCUGGAGGGACUGAUUAGUUGUUAACCAAAUUAAAAAUGUUUGGAAAGUGACACUCGGAGAUAUGUUGUUAUCUCUGGUACAUUAACGUGUGGAUAAAAGGUGCCACCCAGCCUCUGAAAUGCAAUUUUGAAUCUCUUAAUGAGUCGGAAAAAUCCCCUUUUUCUAUAUAAAUUUUAAACUUGUAGGAAAAAAAACUUUUUUGCUAUUUAUUGUUUGUCAGGCGAAGCAAUUUCCAGACAACACAAACUCUGAAUAUCUUAAACAUCUACUGAAGUUUUACUUGAAAAUGUCAAAAAUCUGAACCAAAGCCUCUUAUGAUAAAAGGGAAAAACAUUUCUCCCAUUUAUUCACAACCAAAAGAGGAUCUUUUCCUUCCUUUUUAUUUUAUUUCUUUAACUUUAAGGAAAUGUUCAAUCCAGAUCAGUCACUCCUGAUGAAUGUUUAUUUUGCUGUAGACAUCUCUGUUUUGUUUUGCUCACCUCCAGUCUGCUGCUGUAUUGGAAGCUAAUAACUAUAUUAUAAUUAUUAUCCAGUACAUAAUGUAAAUUGUUGUACAGACUCACAGAGAGGUGGAUGUAUUUUAUCCUGUCGUGUCCAGGUGCACAUAUGAUGCCUUGUUGCGCUAUUCUUACUGUUGUGUUCCUCGUUUUAGAUAAGUCAUGGCAUGAAAGGAGGAGGCGUGUUUUUGUGCCAAAAUGUAUUUCUACCAAACUGGGUUUCAUCUAUUUGUAGAUAAUUCUUAAAAGAGAUUUUGUUUGCAGCUACUCGGGGGUCUGCAUAAAAUUUGGUUGUCUGGAGAAACUCUUUGCUGAAAAGUGUAGUGUAGUUUGGAAUUGAUAACAGACUUUAAUUAAACGAAUAACAUCUCUAAAACAAACCAAAUGCAUUUUAAACAACUUGAUUUUUUAAUUCUCUUAACAAUAUCCGAACAGUAAUCUUUCCACAUGCUGCGAAUUAUCUCCAAAUACUGAUUGUCCCGUGUUUGAGAGAGUGUCCUGAGAGAGUGGCACUGCUGCAGCCUUACGCUUUAGGUUGAUCACCUGUUCUUAUUGCUGCUCCUCUGACCACAGAGGAGCAACAUGAUGGGGUGUCUUUUAGUUACUGUCUACAGAUUUUGAUUACAGUUCUCAAUAUUUCAGUUAAAAUAUAAAAAGCUGUUUUUGUACAUUUCAGUGCAUUUGUGAGGAGAUAUGUUCGGUGUUACCUCAGCGGUCAUGCUUUCCUGAGCCACUUAAAUCGUCUGUUAGCAGUUCUGCAUAGUACUCGAGUACAGCAAAGUAUGACAAUAUCUGCAACCUACAAUUCAUUCAUCUAUUUAAUUAUUUAUCUUCCUAUAGACUGUGUGCAGGUUCUGAUCAGGCUUAUUUGAAGUUUAAUCAGCUUGUUGAGUAAAGAGUUAGUCUGAGUGCAGGAGGUAAUCAUAGGAAUAGAGUCAAGGUGAAAACAUGUCAUUGUGUUUUUUUCUGUUUCAUCCACACUGAGGAAACAAAAAAGGCUCACAUGCUGAGAUCAGUUCAACCAUGUUUGAGAAAGCAUGGCCAGCUUGUAACCGGAUGAUAAUGAUUAUAAAUUUUUUUAGUUUGAAAAGAGAGGGAUGGGAAAAAAAGAGAGGGAUCAAAAAAGAGAGGGAUGAAAAAGAGAUUUUUGUAAUGGUUUGAGUGAAACGAUUAAGGUUAAUCACCAACAGUUUCAUUGCUAAACUGAAAUAUAAUGAUUUACUAAUUUUCUGUGUUUUGCUUAAUAAGUAAUUCAGAUAUUUCAAUUUUUGGACUCUUGGUCAGACAAAACAAGGAAUUCAAAAAUGUAAUCUUUGGGAAA